GGCUGCGGCUGUCGGAGGAGCGGAGCGCUCGCCCGAGGCUCUGACUGGGUUGGCUCGCAGGUGUGGCCGCAGCUCUGGCCAUGAGGACCCUGUGGAUGGUGCUGUGCGCUCUGGCGCGGCUGUGGCCCGGGGCCCUGGCUGGCUGCACAGAGGCCGGCCGCUGCUGUCCUGGUCGGGACCCAGCCUGCUUCGCCCGUGGCUGGAGACUGGACAGAGUCUAUGGAACUUGCUUCUGCGAUCAAGCCUGCCGUCUCACCGGGGACUGCUGCUUCGACUAUGACAGGGCGUGCCCAGCUCGCCCUUGCUUUGUGGGAGAAUGGAGUCCCUGGAGCGGCUGCGCAGGUCAAUGCCAGCCCACCACGCGUGUGCGCAGGCGUUCGGUCCAUCAAGAGCCACUGAAUGGAGGGGCGCCCUGCCCACCCCUGGAAGAGAGAGCCGGCUGCCUGGAGUACUCCUCGUCACAAGGCCAGGAUUGCGGGCACUCCUUUGUUCCUGCCUUCAUAACUAGCUCUGCCUUCAACAAGAAGAGGAUAAUACAAGCUGUAUCUCCACAGUGGCCUACACAUACUGAGGAUGCUGGAUACUGUAUGGAGUUCAAGACUGAAUCCUUGACUGCCCACUGUGCCCUGGACAGCCGUCCGCUGACUCGGUGGAUGCAGUACCUCCGUGAGGGAUACACAGUGUGUGUGGACUGCCAGCCUCCAGCUAUGAACGCCGUGAGCCUGCGCUGCUCUGGAGAUGGUCUGGACUCUGAUGGAAAUCAGACUCUUCGCUGGCAAGCCAUCGGGAAUCCUCGAUGCCAAGGAACCUGGAAAAAAGUGCGUCGGGUAGAGCAGUGCUCAUGUCCAGAUGUGCACCGAUUCAUUUUUAUAUAGAGCGCCUGGGAGCACGCAUGUAAAUGGGCUGAGUAUCGACAAGCUAAGUUCCAAGCUUCAGAGGCCUCCAAAAGCUGCACCAAGGACCAGGACACUUGCCAUUGCUACACUUUGCCACCAAGAAAGAAAACUUGGGGAUGGUUCUCAAGAUAGACCACAGUCUCUUUGCUUUUAUUUUUAAUGAGUUAAGGACCCAUAGUAAAAGCUCCUGUGACUUAUA